UCUUUUCUCUGGAGAAGUAAACAUAGAAGUUAGUAAUAAGUCUAUCAGAGGUUCAGAAGAGACAACUCACAAUGAAGACCUGGCUGGUUCUGCUCCUCCUGGGACUCACGGUCCAGGACGCGGCGGCAGUGAGUCACACUCUGAAGUAUUUCUACACUGCUUCUUCUGGAGUCCCAAACUUCCCAGAGUUUGUGGCUGUUGGAUUGGUUGAUGACGUUGAGAUUGUUCACUAUGACAGCAACACCAAGAGAACAGAACCUAAACAGGACUGGAUGAGCAGAGUCACAGAAGAUGAUCCUCAGUACUGGCAGAGGAGCACUGAGUACUUGAGGGGUGACCAGCAGACCUUCAAAGCCGAAAUUGAAGUUGUAAAGCAGCGCUUCAACCAAAUUGGAGGUGUUCACAUUUACCAGAGGAUGUACGGCUGUGAGUGGGAUGAUGAGACUGGAGAGGUCAAUGGUUAUGAUCAGUGGGGUUAUGAUGGAGAAGACUUCAUAUCAUUUGACCUGAAGACAGAGUCAUUCAUCGCUCCAAAACAACAGGCUGUCAUCACCAAACACAAGUGGGACAAUGACAAAGCUUUGAUAGCUCAGAAAAAACACUACCUGACCCAGGAGUGUCCUGAGUGGCUGAAGAAGUUUGUGAACUAUGGGAGGAGCUCUCUGCUGAGAACAGAUCUUCCCUCAGUGUCUCUCCUCCAGAAGUCUCCCUCCUCUCCAGUCAGCUGCCACGCUACAGGUUUCUACCCUGACAGAGCCAUGAUGUUCUGGAGGAAAGAUGGAGAGGAGCUUCAUGAGGACGUGGACCUCGGAGAGAUCCUCCCCAACCACGAUGGAUCCUUCCAGAUGAGUGUUGACCUGGACCUUUCAUCAGUCCCAGCUGAAGACUGGAGGAGGUACGACUGUGUGUUUCAGCUCGCUGGUAUGAAGGAUGACAUCGUCACCAAACUGGACAAAGCAGAGAUCAGGACCAACAGAGUGAGUCACUCUCUGAAGUAUUUCUACACUGGGUCUUCUGGAGUCCCAAACUUGCCAGAAUUUGUGGCUGUUGGAUUGGUUGAUGGCGUUGAGAUGUUUUACUAUGACAGUAACAUCAGGAGAACAGAACCCAAACAGGACUGGAUGAGCAGACUCACAGAAGAUGAUCCUCAGUACUGGCAGAGGGAGACGGAGCUCUUGGUGGGUCACCAGCAGCUCUUCAAAGCCAACAUUGAAAUUGUAAAGAUGCGCUUCAACCAUACUGGAGGUGUUCACGUUUACCAGAGGAUGUUCGGCUGUGAGUGGGAUGUGACUGGAGUAGUCAGUGGUUAUUAUCAGGAUGGUUAUGAUGGAGAAGACUUCAUAUCAUUUGACCUGAAGACAGAGACAUACAUCGCUACAAAACAACAGGCUGUCCUCACCAAACACAAGUGGGACAAUGACAAAGCUCGGAUAACUCAGCUGAAACACUACCUGACCCAGAUUUGUCCUGAGUGGGGGAAGAAGUAUGUGAACUAUGGGAGGAGCUCUCUGCUGAGAACAGAUCUUCCCUCAGUGUCUCUCCUCCAGAAGUCUCCCUCCUCUCCAGUCAGCUGCCACGCUACAGGUUUCUACCCUGACAGAGCCAUGAUGUUCUGGAGAAAAGAUGGAGAGGAGCUUCAUGAGGACGUGGACCUCGGAGAGAUCCUCCCCAACCACGAUGGAUCCUUCCAGAUGAGUGUUGACCUGGACCUUUCAUCAGUCCCAGCUGGAGACUGGAGGAGGUACGACUGUGUGUUUCAUCUCUCUGGUGUGGAGGACGACAUCGUCACCAAACUGGACAAAGCAGAGAUCAGGACCAACAGAGAACCAACGACUACUACAAGUAACCCUUCUAGAGCAACCUACAGCAACAUGCCACUGAACGGUAUGGUGUGAAGAGGAGGAGGAAGAAAUUGGCAACAUUAAACGUUGUUAUUUACAUUUAUUUUACACAAUCUGUAAUCCAAACAAAAGGGCCACCUCACCACCAACAUGGAUUGAAUAUCACAUGCUGCAGAGAUUAGACAGCCGAAAUGUCCCGGAGGUGUAAAUGGUCUCUAUCUGUGUUCCUCCUGGACCGAGUUUUGCAUGACUGCAGUAUAUAUAUAUAUAUAUACACAGUAUAUAAGCUUCAAGAAUGAAUGAUGUUGAAUGAAGUUGUCCUGACAUUUUAUUCCUUUUGUACAUCUGUUUUUCUUUUCAAUAAGGUCCUUAACAUAUUAUAUAAUAUAUAACGGGGGACAUAUUAUAACCGGGGUGUCUGGUGCUCGUCCCCCAGGAAAUUUGGAGCCUCACACGCUUCAUUUCCUGCAUUCUGGUGAACUUUUCUGUAACAAAUUGUGCCUUUUCUGCAUGCAAAUGUCUUUAUACAUGUAAAUAUUAUCAUUAUUAUUAUUCAUUAAAUAAUCUGCUGGGUUGUUCUCAACUUUCUGCAUCUUCAGAACAUUA